AUGAAAGAUUUGCAGAAGGAGAUCGAGUGGUUGCGGGAUCUCGAACAGCAACACUCAGAGGGACAAAAGACGGCCUUGGAUGGCCGUGGUCAGGUUAUUGUCGCAGGCGAUAGUCUGGACGUCGAUAUCGAACCAGGCGAAGUCACCCUUGAAGGGGACACCAUCAAUCGCAGAAGUCCAUCUCCUCGUCGCAUACAGACACAAUCUGUUCUCAGUGUUUCCGAUGGGAAAAAACGACGUCGUUCAGUAUCCCCUCCUCGGAAUCAAAUGUCCUACUACCCCUAUCGCAAACAACGUCAUCAAGAGCCCGUGCACAGAGAGUAUCCGUCGUCUCAACGAGACCGUGACUACUCUGCUCAUCAUUAUCGACCACGUUCUCCAGAACGCUUUACUCGCCGCGGUCGAUCGCCCUCUCCCACUAGAGCACGAGACAAUUCACAAUAUCCUAACCACUAUCACAACACAGUCCAUCGUACCGGCCAUCGUUCACCCUCUCCCCAUCAUGCCCCACCAUCAAAAUGGCGCCACCUUGAUUCAAACUAUCCGUCAAUAAACCUCACUAGUGCAGCGCCAUCUAUUCCCAGGACUUCGUCGCUCCCAAUGGGUUGUCUCCAGUUCGUGCCUUCUUCCACUGUGACAACGGUCGCAGGUUUUGAUAGAACAGGCCCUCAUCCUGUCCAUAACUGA